AUGGCUUUCGGUGGUGAUCGUGGUGGUCGCGGUGGCGCAAGAGGCGGUCGUGGCGGUGCAAGAGGUGGAUUCGGUGGUCGCGGUGGUGGCAGAGGUGGUGCUACCCGCGGUGGUGGUGUUCAAGGCAGAGGCGGUAGAGGCGGUGCUCCACGUGGUCGCGGUGCUCCAAGAGGCGCUCCAAGAGGUGGCAGAGGUGGUAAACCUGGCCCAGGUGGAAAGAAGGGCGGUAACGUCAUCCUUGAACCACACAGACAUAAGGGUAUCUUUAUCGCUAAAGGAAAGGAACACUUGCUUGUCACAAAGAACUUGGUCCCUGGUGAAGCCGUUUACGGUGAGAAGAGAAUCGCCGUUGAAGGCGACGACGGCACAAAGGUUGAAUACAGAGUCUGGAAUCCUUUCCGCUCCAAGUUGGCUGCUGGUGUUUUGGGUGGUUUGGACAACAUCCACAUUCAGCCUGGCUCAAAGGUCCUCUACCUCGGUGCUGCUUCAGGUACUUCUGUUUCUCACGUUGCAGACGUCGUCGGUCCAGAGGGCUGUGUCUACGCUGUCGAGUUCUCCCACAGAUCCGGAAGAGAUUUGGUCAACAUGUGUAAGAAGCGUACAAACGUCAUCCCAAUCGUCGAAGAUGCUCGUCACCCAAUGAAGUACCGUAUGUUGUUAGGAACUGUUGAUGCCAUCUUUGCCGAUGUUGCUCAACCUGAUCAAUCUAGAAUUGUUGCCCUCAACGCUCAUCACUUCCUCAAAAACGAAGGCCACGCUGUCAUCUCCAUCAAGGCUUCAUGUAUUGAUUCUACCGCUCCUGCUGAGGCCGUUUUCGCCCAAGAAGUACGCAAAUUGCAACAGGAAUCUUUCAAGCCAAGAGAACAACUUUCAUUGGAACCUUACGAGCGUGAUCACGCUGUGGUCGUUGCCCGCUACGAGCGUCACAAGUAA